AUUGCAUUAUAAAAGUCGUGAAAGAAAGAUUAAUUCGACAAUGGUAUACACUUCCAAGUAUUUUUAUAAAGCGAUUAUAGAUUUUAUUUAAAAAUUUUCGACGCUUGUAUAAAUAUUACAUUAUAAUUAUAUAUUCAACUUUUCAAAGAUGGAUAAAUUAUCAUGGACACAUUAUCAAUAUAUUUUAGCAAUUCUUAUGGUAGUUACUGGAUCAUUUAAUACCCUUUCUGUAAAGUAUGCUGAUAAACAAGUAGUGGCUGGACAGGAUGGAGUGCCUCGUCACUUUAAUCAUCCAUUUAUGCAAUCUUCAUUUAUGUUUUUGGGCGAAAUGCUAUGCCUUAUCAUUUUUAAAAUUGCAUAUUGUUACUAUUGUCGUAAAGAUGAUGGUUCUGUAGAUAAUAAUAUCUUAACCAAAGGAUCUCGCAAUUUCAAUGCAUUCAUCCUAUUUAUACCAGCUAUGUGUGAUAUGUUAGCAACUUCUAUUAUGUACGUCGGUCUUAAUUUGACUUAUGCCAGUAGUUUUCAAAUGUUGCGUGGUGCUGUUAUAGUUUUUACUGGUAUUCUCUCGAUGGGCUUCCUCAAUAGAACCUUCGGUGGAAGAGAAUGGACUGGAAUUAUAUUUGUUAUGAUAGGUUUAGCGCUUGUUGGUUUGAGCGAUAUGAUGAUUAAGAAAGAUGACGAUACUAGUUUGAAUUCUAUUUUAACUGGAGAUCUACUAAUAAUUUGUGCACAGGUAAUAACAGCGGUCCAAAUGGUAAUAGAAGAAAAAUUUAUAGCUGGUCAAGAUAUUCCUGCAUUACAAGCAGUUGGUUGGGAAGGUAUUUUUGGAUUUAUUGGCAUAUGCCUCGUGAUGAUUCCUCUUAAUUUUAUUUACGCACCACCACCAUUUGCGGAUAACUCACGAGGAACUCUUGAAGCUACUACAGAUGCUUUUGUACAAAUUGGAAAUAGUGGCAGAUUACUGAUGGCAAUAGUUGGAAUAGCAUUCAGUAUAGCAUUUUUUAACUUUGCUGGUAUUAGUGUGACAAAGGAAAUCAGUGCUACAACAAGAAUGAUUUUAGAUAGCAUACGAACAAUUGUUAUAUGGGCUUUUUCAUUGAUAUUUGGAUGGCAAGAUUUUCAUUAUCUUCAGCUCAUUGGCUUUACGAUUCUUUUGAUUGGAAUGUGUUGCUAUAAUAACGUGGUAAUUCCACAAUUAACAAAAAGAUGUCUGUUAUACUUAAUCAGAAAAAGACGCGCUCCAGACGAAGAACGCAUUGUUAACAUUGCUGCAGACGAUGUUCAAGAAAGUAUAUAAAAAGCAAAAACGAAGCAUGUUAUAAUAAUUGUCAAAUGAUAAAAAUUUAAAAAUACAGUCAGAUCUGUGAUUUUACAUAUAAACAUUUAUCACUUACAAUUAUUUUAUGACAGAGAAGCUAUGGUAUAUUUUUCAUAUUUUCAUUAUUGUCAUCACAUAUAUAAUAUAAUAAAUAAUAUACG